AUGAAGGCAUGGCUCUUAUAUCUGUUUAUGAUGUUAUAUUUCGUUAAAAUAUCGACUACACUCGACAAUGGAUUGUCAAGGACGCCUCCAAUGGGGUGGAUAGAUUGGGAAAGGUUCCGAUGCAACGUCGACUGCAACAACGAUCCGAAUAACUGUAUUGGAGAGAAAUUGUUUAGAGACAUGAUUGAUCGAAUAGCAGCCGAUGGUUACAAAGAUGUGGGAUAUGAAUAUGUAAAUUUAGACGAUUGUUGGAUGUCACAUGAACGAGAUGAGAACAACAGACUGACAGCAAACUCAACUCGAUUUCCAAAUGGUAUAAAAUCAUUGGCUGAUUACGCUCACUCUAAAGGACUGAAGUUGGGUAUUUAUGAAGACUAUGGUCUGUUGACAUGUGCUGGAUAUCCUGGUAGUUUAAAUUACAUGGACAUAGACGCACAGACCUUCGCCGAUUGGGGAAUUGAUUAUCUUAAAUUUGAUGGAUGUUAUUCACUUCCCUGGACGAUGAAUAAGGGCUAUCCGGAGAUGACACGUGCUUUAAACAAAACAGGCCGACCAAUCGUAUUUUCAUGUGAAUGGCCGUUUCACCAACAAAAGGCUUCAAUUAAGCCGAACUAUAAACUGAUUCGUAAAAAUUGUAAUUCGUGGCGUAACUUCAAGGAUGUUCAAGACUCCUGGGACAGUGUUAUGAAAAUAAUUGAUUUCUAUACAAAAGAACAAGAUACAUUAAUCGCUGCAGCGGGGCCGGGAGGGUGGAACGACCCGGAUAUGCUUAUUAUCGGUGACUUUGGUCUGAGUUACGAUCAGUCAAAAUCCCAGAUGGCAAUGUGGUCAAUAUUUGCUGCACCUUUAAUGAUGUCUACCGAUCUGAGAACUAUCAGCGAUGAGGCCAAAGAGAUACUACUUAAUAAAGAAGUCAUUGCUGUGGAUCAAGAUGCACUUGGAAAGAUGGGUAGAAGGGUCAUCUCAAGAGGCAGUGUUGAUGUGUGGAGCAGACCCUUGGUCAACGGAAGUUACGCAGUGGUGUUUUUCAACAAGGGGAGUGACGGCGGACCAUCCAAUGUUACGGUGACAUUGGAGGAGAUUGGCUUCACCACAACUGUUCAGAAGUACGCCCUCAGAGAUUUGUUUCUGCAUCGUUUUUUGGGAAACUAUGACGUAAGAGGUACAUUCGAAACGUCGAUAAAUCCGACAGGUGUCGUUAUGGUGACAGCAUCACCGGUCAAAAUUAACAAGUACAGGACGACUAAUUUCUGGUUUCAUUGUUAA